GUGACGUUUAUUUGACACUUCCUUUCGGUCCGGCUCUGCAUAUCAAAGGUGCGAAUUUAGUCAUUAAAUUGCCAAAUUUUCCAUUUGUAUUCUCUAAAUCAUUCGUUUGGUAAGAAGAUGGCAGACUUAGAUGAUUUCUUUGCCAAAAAAGACCGCAAGAAGUCCAAAAGUACAAAAAAAUAUGCUACCACUGAAGAAGUUGCCAAGAAGCUAGAAGACACUGCAAAAAAGACUGACAAAUUAAAGAAAGAACGUGUUAAUGAGGGCGAAGAUAGUAUAGUUACUGAACAAGACCAAGACGAAUGGAAGGACUUCGAGGAAGAAAAGAAAGACUACACAGGGUUAAAGAUAGGAAACUUAACCAUCGGUCAAAAUUCGGAAAGCAGUACUACGGGAGCUAAGGAAAGUACCGAACAGCAACAAGAAGAUGAGCCUGGACAAGAUGUAGACAAGAAAUCUGGACCUUGGAAACGCAUCGACGUCGGGGAAGCAGCGGAAGUGGAGAAAGUUGAAUAUAAACCGGAACCGAUACUUCCUAAUGUAUCUAAGACUGGCACUUAUAUACCCCCAAGUUUACGAUCUUCAGGACAAACCCAAGUUCAAAGUACUAGGCUGAAUAGAACAAAAGCUGCUCCAGAUAUCCAUAACGAAGAAUUUUUCCCAUCUCUUUCUGGUGAUCAUAAAAAAAAUCGUAGCGAAGGAUCAUUCGAAGUAGUGCAGUCCAAUAGAUCGACCUCACAUAGACAAGCGGAACAAUCCAAGAUAAACUCUGCGCAAGGUCCCAGAUGGAACCUCGCCAACCGUUACAAUACUCUAAGUAGUAACGAGAGCUAGUGACGUUAAUAAUCCAUAGAGACCAAUGUGUACUGUGUCGAGAGAGGUGGCCAGCGAUAAAAAAAUGUUACUUACGAUUGAUUAACCAAUAACUUUGAAAGAGUCGCGUCUGUUAAUUUUUUAAUGGAGACUUGAGUGGGCCCUCGAUGUUUUCUGUUUCCAAUAAUAACGUAUAAUGAUUCCCUUUGUCAAAAAGUUUAUUCAGCAAAUGCAGGUCGUAUUCUCGAAAAAGACACUUAAUGCUCAUAAAAAUGAUUGUAUCUUAUUUCAUAGAUGGUAUAAUAAUUAUUCUUUGUCAUGGUAUUUAUUUGAGAUUUCCAAAGGAUGUGGUUAAGAACUUGAUCUAGUUAUCGCUGUAAGGCAAAUCAAUUUUGUUCCAAUAACGUCAUUUCAGUUAAAAACGUAUCACACCUCCUCUCAAAUAGUGUCACAACUAAAAAAAAAUAAAAACGGUUUUAUUGCACCAACAGUUUAAUAAAACUACAAACUAUUAAAAAAUGUUACGUUUAUAGUUCAAGUAUUUGUCGUUAGAUUACCCUAGUGUCAUUAUAAUCAACGGUGCACCGAACAUAAACAGUGUCACAUAUCGACUUGUGCAAAGCAUUUGCCCAUCUAAGAUGUGUAUAAAGCGUCGUUUGUCGAGUUAAGGCAGUAUAUGUGAUUACUUUAUUCAAAACCAUCUGCGUAUGUGCUCAAUAAAAGUGACACAUUUAUCACUUAUAAUAGUUUUUGAAUUAAACCCUGAAAAGUUCUAGCACACAUUUUAAAUGGCGUUUUCUCAAUAUUUUGCUUUUUGACUUUUGACACUGUUUGAGCGGAGGUGCGAUAUUAGUUUGUCGUGUUACACCAGCAAAGCUCUUAAAACAUUCAGUUUGGAAAUUUUCUCAGGAUUUUCUAUUUUUAUUUUUCUUGUAACUUAAAAACUAUAGAAAAUAGGAAGAUUUAAUAAAUGCUUAAAAGAUAAGCAACAACA